AUGUCUGACAGUCACUGGCUCGAAAUCACAACCUACUCCGAUCAUAUCGGGUUCACCAUUUCUACCAUGGCCAACUUUGUUUUGCUUUUUUUGUUAGCCGUUCGUCCUACAAAAACUCUUGGUUCCUACAAAUAUCUAAUGAUUUCUUUCUGUAUCUUCAGCCUUUUUUACACCUCCAUUGAGACAUUCCUACGACCGCUGAUCCACAUCUAUGACAACACAAUAUUUGUAAUCCAAAGAAAACGGUUUCAAUACUCGGAAACGGUGGCCAGAGCAAUCUCUUCAACCUACUGUGGCUGCUACGCAAUGAGCUUCACCCUUUUUGCUGUUCAUUUUAUCUACAGAUAUUAUGCUGCUUGCAGACAAGACUAUCUCAAAUAUUUUAAAGGACUAUAUUUUGUUGCAUGGAUUCUUGGAGCAACAUUGGUUGCAGCAAGUUGGGGGUUCGCCGCUUUCAUACUGUAUCCAGAGACGGAUAGGACCAAAGCGGCGGUGCUCCACGUCAUCACGACAUCGUAUGGUUUAGACCCCGAUUGGGUAGGAAAUGUCCCAUACAGUUACUGGCGUACAGAAAACGGUAUUGAAUACAUCAACCCUCGGAACGUGAUCGGAAUACUACAACAUGGAGUUAUCAUGACAGUUUCGUUUGGAACCGUAUUCCAUUGUGGAUGGAAAACCUACAAAACCAUUCGAGCAACAAGAGUAACUUCUGAUAAAACCCGCGAACUUCAGGACCAACUUUUCAAGGCACUCGUGCUCCAGACCAUCAUUCCAACAUGCUUGAUGUAUAUACCGACAACCAUGCUUUUUGUAACCCCGUUCAUUGGUCUGAAUAUCGGAUGCUAUGGAAAUAUCACAACUGCUACGGUGCACUUGUAUCCUGGAAUCGAUCCUCUCGUUCUUCUGUUUUUGAUCCGUGACUUUCGAAAUACGCUCCUGAGAAAGAACAACUUUAGUUCUGUCAAUAUCACUAACUAG